AUGACCUUCAUCCAGGACAUAGCAAAUCCUGUGAAUCCACAUGGGAAGUGUUUCAUCGCGGAGCUGGAGGUCCCUUGGGUCGACAUCAGCUUCUAUGCUAAGCAGCAGCUGUUAAAGAAGCCUCCAUUGGAGGAAUGCGGCGUUGUGAUUGAUUGUGGGAGUGUGGAAAGAUUCCUCAUUCCAACAAUCAGGACAAGGACAGCUGGCAACGGCAGUGUGGCAGUCAAAUGUAUUGACAUUGCGACUCCCAUCAGCCACGAUGAGGGAGAAGCCUACGAGCGAGUCGGAAUCCGGCUUCCUACUGGCGCCUUCACAUAUGCAUUUUUCGAGUCGCAGUAUCUGGCGCGGGCAGAGGAUCCACGCAGAGGCGCCCUCUUCCUUAUCGAUCCGAACAUGAUCCUGUGUCAAAAUGCGAUGACAGAGGCGCAGAAGAAGGAUUUUCAGACCUACGGUGGCAAGAAAGUCCUGUACUUUGAUGUUCUGGAUGAUCCCAACAUCAAGGAGAGGAGAGCCGAAAUCCAGAGAUGUCGCGAAAAGGGCGACGAACAACGCAAAAGAUAUGAGGAGGCCGAUAGAAAGUGGGAAGAAGAGCGAGAGCAAAGACUCUUGCAGGCACAGCAGGAGGAGGCGAAGCCGAAGCUCAGCAAGAAGGCGAAGCAGAAGGCUCGACAAGCACUGAAGAAAGGCAUAAAGCCUGGGAUAGAGGAGCAGAAGGAAACGGUUGUAGACAAAGCCGACGACGAAGCAAACGAAGAGGAAGACUCCGAGCAGGAGCGGCUCCACAAGCAGCGCCAAGCGGAGCGGCGCGCCAAGAUAGAGGAGGACCUAAAGCAAGAGAAGGAACAAGAUUCGCAACGAAAAAAGUUGGAAAUGGCUGAGGCCAAGCGUCAAGCUCAAGAGGAAGCAAACCGAAUUGCAACCAUGAAGACGCUUUUGCAGAAGGUGCAGUCCUCCUUGCCGACCUCUGGCUACUCGGGGCAGACCACCUGA